AUGUACGUGCGCUUUGUGUUUAAUAAUCAGGAAGCUUGUGAUAAGUACGUUGACACCGACCGUGUCUGGAGACAAUUCUCGGAGGCUGUCGAGAUCAGCUGGUGUGAGCAAUCGCCUCAGACUGAUAUAUGGAUUAAGGUGCCCAUUAUAGUUGUCGGGCAAUUGGAGGGCGAUGAUCUCAUUCUUAGAAACGAUUUCUGGGGAAGUAGCAAACUGACUGGCCGCCAGAAUACACACUUUGGGAUGCGGUAA